ACACGAUUAAGAUUAUGGAAAGCAGGAAGAAAAAUCAUUUUUUGAACACAAUUUUUUUUUUGGACUAAAUUUCUUGAACACCGUUUCUCUCUAUAUAUAUAUACACUUGCAUAACUCUUCGAUAUAGUAUCCAUUAGAGAAUCUCAAUUUCUUGACAAAAAGAAAAAAAAGAAAACAAUCUCAAUUUUAUUUUUUUGGUGAAAAUUAUAAUGAGAAACUGGAUUAUUGCAUUGUUGGUGUUGUCCUCCAUUGUUGGAUUCAACUCAGCAAUAGAGAAUGGAGAAACAAAGUGCAAAGAAAUGGAGAGACGCGCACUCCUCACGUUCAAACAAAACCUUCAAGACGAGUAUGACAUGUUGUCUACAUGGAAAGACGGUCUAAAUGCAGAUUGUUGCAAAUGGAGUGGAAUUCAAUGCAACAAUCAAACCGGCUAUGUUCAAAAGCUUGAUCUACAUGGUUUUGAUAAUUAUCAUUUGAGUGGUGAAAUAAAUCCUUCAAUAACUGAGCUACAUCAUCUAAAAUAUCUAGAUCUCAGUUAUUUGAAUACUGCCAGUCAAAUCCCAAAGUUUAUCGGCUUGUUUAGCAAGUUACGAUAUCUUAUUCUCUCAAAUGGUAAUUAUGGUGGGAAAAUUCCUUCUCAACUUGGAAAUCUCUCACAACUACAACACCUUGAUCUCAGAUACAAUGAGCUCAUUGGCACCAUUCCUUUCCAACUUGGAAAUCUUUCAUUAUUGCAGUCUCUUAAACUCAGUUCCAAUUAUGAUCUUAGAAUCAACAACCAAAUUCAUGGCAAUGUUGAAUGGAUAUCAAAUCUCUUUGCUUUGAGAAAUCUUGAGUUAAGUGGAGUUCAAAAUUUGAACGAUUCUUCUCAACACACCCUACAAUUCCUUGCGAAGCUUCCGAGCCUUGCAGAGUUGGAUCUAAGUGGCUGUAGCCUUUCUGAUGCUAAUAUUCUUCCUUUAUUUGAUUCUCGUUCAAACUUUUCCAAUAGUUCUCUAACCGUCCUUGAUCUAUCAACAAAUCAUUUCACAUCAUCGAUGAUAUUCCGUUGGGUGGUUAACUACAGCUUCAAUGUUCAACACCUUGACCUUUCUGAUAACAUAUUAAAAGGUAGCAUUCCUGAAUAUGUUGGAAACAAAAUGCAUUCAUUUGUAAGUCUCAAUCUCUCAAGCAACCGUCUAGAUGGAGAGAUCCCAAAAUCCAUCGGGAAUAUUUGCACUUUGCAAGCAUUUUGGGCUAUGGAUAAUAACUUGAGUGGAGACAUUUCAAGUUUUACCCAUACUAAUCAUUCCAAAUGCAAUGGAAAUGUGUCCUCGUUACAAGAACUGGUGUUGGAGGAAAAUUACAUUUCAGGCACGUUACGGGACAUUUCAACUUUAUCAUCUUUGAGAAUCUUACGGAUCUUUAGGAAUAAAUUAUUUGGAGAAAUACCUACAAGCAUCAUAUCACUUACAAAGUUAGAGAUUUUGAGGUUGGGUGGAAACUCUUUUGACGGGGUAGUCUCUGAAUCCCAUUUUACAAACCUCUCCCAAUUGAUCAUUCUACACUUGUCCCUUAAUCGGUUGACUAUAAAUAUUAGUAAUGAUUGGGUUCCUCCUUUUCAAUUACUAGAUUUAAGUCUAUCAUCUUGCAAUCUGAAUUCAAGAUUUCCUAAUUGGAUCCGAACACAAAAAUACUUACUCUUUCUUUCCCUUUCAAAUGUGAGUAAUCUAUCUCCAAUACCUACUUGGUUUUGGCACAAAUUGCAAACACUAGCUAUCAUGAGUAUUACAAACAAUAAUCUCACCGGCAAGCUUCCCAAUUUGGAACUCAAUCUUACCAACUAUCCUUUAAUAGAUUUGAGUUCAAAUCAACUUGAAGGUUCCAUUCCUUCUUUUUUAUUGCAAGCUGGAGUACUGCAUCUUUCGAACAAUAAAUUUUCAGAUAUUGAUUCCUUUCUAUGCAGCAAAAGUAAGGCUCAACCUUUGGUUUUAUUGGACUUGUCAGACAAUCAACUAACGGGUGAGUUGCCUGAUUGUUGGAAUAAUUUAACCUCAUUACAGUUUGUUGAUCUGAGUAAUAAUAAUUUGUCCGGAAAUAUUCCAUUCUCAAUGGCUGCCCUUGUUAACAUGAAAGCUAUUAUCUUAAGAAAUAAUAGUUUGAGUGGAAAACUUACUUCCUCAUUGAUUGGAGGAGACAAGCUGGCUUUGUUGGACUUUGGAGAAAAUAAAUUUUAUGGUCCAUUACCUUCAUGGAUCGGAGACAAUUUACACCGAUUAGUAAUUUUAAGUCUCCGGUGCAAUAAUUUCUAUGGAAGUAUACCUUCAAACCUAUGUAAUUUGAGAGAACUUCAAGUCUUGGACCUGUCACUAAAUAACUUAUCAGGUGGAUUUCUAGCAUGUGUUAAGAAUUUUACUUCAAUGACUCAAGACACUAGGAGCUUAACUACAUCAACGGAUCAUUUGUAUAAAAUCAAUUUAACUGGCGGUGGGUUUUAUAUGGAUUCAUAUGAUUUUGACUUAUACUUGAUGUGGAAAGGUGUAGACCAACGUUACAAAAAUGUAGAUAAGUUCUUAAAAAGCAUUGAUCUCUCAAGCAACCAUCUUACAGGUAAAAUGCCAACUGAAAUGGAGUACUUAAUUGGAUUGGUUGCCUUAAAUUUGUCGAGGAAUAAUCUCAGUGGAGAAAUCAUUUCAAAGAUAGGAAACUUCAAAUCACUAGAAUUUCUUGAUCUGUCAAGAAAUCAUCUGUCAGGCAAAAUUCCUUCCAGUCUAGCUCAGAUUGAUCGCCUCACUAUGUUGGAUUUGUCAAACAAUCAGCUAUAUGGAAAAAUUCCAAUUGGAACGCAGUUGCAGAGCUUUAAUUCUUCAAGUUUUGAAGGAAAUUCCAAUCUCUGCGGAGAACCACUUGAUAUAAAAUGUCCAGAAGAGACGCCAGAACAUCAAGUGCAACCAACUGAUGAAAGAGAUGACAGUUCAAUAUUUUUGGAAGCAUUAUUCAUGAGCAUGGGGAUAGGAUUCUUCACUGGUUUCGUCGGCUUUGUAGGCUCAAUAUUGUUUCUACCUUCUUGGAGAGAAACCUACUCAAAAUUCCUGAAUGCUAUAAUAUUAAGAAUCUUCAAGUGGUGGAAGCAGUGAUCUAUGUACCUGGCUGGCUAACUCUCUAAAAUGAUGGCAGGAUGUUCAAUUCCUUUUUUAUGGGAUGAAUGCAUUGCUGCUGUAUUUUGGCUAGCUUCCCGGAUUAAAUCUUUGAGUCUUUGCUGCUGUAUAUAGGAUGCAUAAGUAUGAUAUGUUGUACUAAAUAAAAUGAAUGUAGUUCAAACUUUGUUGUAUGAUAGUAUUAUGUGAUACAAAGUCACUUAUAUAUUAUAUGAUUGUAUUUUGUUAUGUUUUUGAAGUUCGGUAAUUUUUGGAAGGAAAUGUGGAAGUUUUACUGUCAAGUUAUUAUGUGAUACAACAGCCACUCAAUUUUUUGGAAUGCUUGUGUUUGACAUGAAAUUACAUAUUCACAAGCUAAAUGAUAUGUACCUUACCAUUUCUAACAAAAGGAAACAAUUUUGAGUACUGGAAAAUUUAUUAUUGAUCACUGUAACAGAAAGAAUAUAAGAAUGAUUACUCCAUUUUCACC